AAUUCGAUAGUGAUUUAUCAUAAGUGUGAGGCGGUUCAUCUUUGUUAAGGACGAAUUAACAAAGGAGCGAAGGAUUGCACACGAUAUAUUUUUGUGGAAAGUUCAAUGCAGUUCAAUCAAACACUUGUUAUUUUGGGAGUUUCACAUUUGUGCAAAUAUUGUGGUUUUUUGUAACGGGAAUAAUAGUUAAUUUAGAUUUGGAUCGCUUUUUCUUGGAACACCUUACUGGAUAUCGAUGGCACCGACCACAGUUGCAGACUCAACAAAGGACGUGGAAACAAAAAAGGCAUCGCAAAGAAAGACUAACAAGCCGCUAAUCGAAAAGCGUCGCCGGGCUCGGAUCAACGACUGCUUGACUCAGCUGAAGACCAUAGUGCUUGGCUCCAGCGAACAACAAGCCGGUCGCACUUCCAAGUUGGAGAAGGCGGACAUUCUGGAAAUGACAGUGGAGUUCGUGAAAUCACGAUUGAACAAAGCUACGGGCUCCGAUGACCCUAUUCCUCUGAAAGGGGACACGUCUAUUAAGUGUGAUGCAACCUAUGUCGCUGGCUACUCAGAAUGCCUGCACGAUAUCUCCAGGUUUCUAGAAGAAUCUCUUGCGAACAAUACCACCUUAAAAGAAAAACUCGAACGGCAUGUGUGUAAUAAAUUGAAAUUGAAUAUUUUUAACAAUCUUUCUGAUGCGUACACUACGAGCAAUAACGCAGUCUGUCAAACAUCCACAGGACAUUCCGUGUCAUCUUACAGCGAUGACAUGAUUGAUUUAAGGACAAAUGGAACACAUGUAUCAAAUGAGAAAAGCACAGGGGAGCGGAUAAGUCUUAACGGCUUUCUGACUCACACUGAAACCACCGAUCAACAAUUAACUGCCACCGGACAAGAUAGGCAGAACAGUCAGCCGAUUGGAUGGUUGUAUGGGGAACAGGUCGUUUUGAUGAUGCCAUUAAACCCCUCAAUUGAGCAUACACACGAACCGCAAACCUUCAUAAAUAUCAUACCCCUAACUAACAAUUCAUGUGUUUCAGUUAACUCUCAAAGAAUUUAUACUUUUCCAACACAAAAUGCCAUGUCUCAAAGUAGCAUUUGCUCAGAACGCGCCCGUGACGUUUUAACGUUUUCAACACCAAACGCACAGCCACUAUGUAUGAAUAAUUCAGAAUUGACCCAAUAUGCGGUUGUGUGUUCAAAACCAAAUGCACAAACUGAAUGUAUGAAUAGCUCAGAAUGUACCCAAUAUGUCGCAGUGUGCUCAACCCCAAAUGGACAAUCAGACAGCAUUGAUACCACACAACGCGCUCAAGGAUUGGCUUGUUCUAUAUAUGCUCCAUCUUGUAAAAGCUUGCAAUUUCGCACUGCGCCUACUCACAACGCUGAUACGAUACCUUGCUGGCGACCAUGGUGAUCGUAUCGAUUAUGUGUGGUUGUGUCUCAACAUAUCUGAUACAUAUAGAUUUGAAACUAUAUAUAUAUAUAUAUAUAUAUAUAUAUAUAUAUAUAUAUAUAUAUAUAUAUAUAUAUAUUUAUUUAUUUAUUUAUUUUUAAACAUAUUUAUAUUUGUAUUUUCAUUUAUAAAGCUGAUCAUGCACGGAAACUUACUAUCAUAAAUUUACCACGAAGUUAUUAAAUUCAUUUUUAACAUAUAGGCUUAAUUAGUUUUGAAUUGGUAAAUUACAUUCACGUAUUUUGGUUUAGUACUUGUUUAAUCAUUGAGGAUACAUGGACUUAACACACGGAUAAGUCAUUGAACACACAACAACAACAACACAAGCAAGUAUAGAUAUCCGCGGGUAAGACGUGUUGCUUAACUAUCGCAUGGAAAUCAGAUAAUUUUCUAUUUAUUGAACCAACCCAAAAGCAAUAUCCAUUUGUAGUAUAAAAACAUGUGCAAUUUAAAACAUUUUUGCAAUACACAUUGGCAAUAAAUGAAAUAUUUCUCCUUUGAAACGAUUUGUUUAAACUUUGACUUUUAUUUGCAGCGCCCCAUUUAAUAUUAAUCCUGAUUGUUAACAAAUUACUGGAUUUUAACUUAGAAAAAUUUAGACAUAUGAAGGUCUAAUAAAUAACGAUUACAAAUCAUUACACAGAAUAAACAUGAUUUCUUGUG